GAUGCGAUAAAGAUCAACAUCACGGGGCAGCUCAGUUUCGCUGGUCAGCUGGUUCCCCUGCAGGUGCCCCCGCUGCACCCACUACCAAGCAAAGUUCGCAGCCUGUACCCAGCUACAGAGGAGGGCCUGACAGUGCUGGGCCCCGACUACAUCGUGCAAUCCUAUGGCGGUACG